CAAGGAAAAGGGAAGAGACAUCACUAUCUGAACUUGAGACAUCAACGCAGAACCUGACUGACUCACAGACAUCGAAUCAGUUUCAGGGUCUGGACUGGUCACUUCCGUCCGAGGCGGUUAUAUGCGGAGAGUACUACCAGCUGACCCAAAAUAACGGUUCAUAGCGUCCGGACCCUUUGGCUCGUGAUUGCGUCCGACCCUGUGGUAAAAUCGAACUGCGGGAGUCUGAAUUCCAUCGGUGAAUCGUUCGGGAAGGACUCGCAGGAUUUGCAGGAUUCGCAGGAUUCGCAGGACUCGCAGGACUCGCAGGACUCGCAGUAGCGAUAUAUUGCAGGGAGUUUCGGAGCGCCUAGUUGUAUGUAACCUUGGCUGACGAAUCUACGGAGGCUCGUGGGUCGGCGGACGCGGUUCAGGGGGAAGCGAAGGCGGAGAGUCGAGAGGAGGAGAACACAGGGAGGCGACGCAAAAGAGAGGAGGAGAAGAGGAGGAGGAAUUUGGUUUGGGGAAACGAGUCAGCAAGGAGGAUGAAGGGGACCGGGAGGAGGACCACGGGGAUCAAGGGGAGAGAGAAGACGAGCAAGAAGAAGAAGAAGGCCGUUCUGCAGCUGCGACAGUACCAGCAGGAGGUUCUUCAGGUGGCUCUGGAGCGCAACACCAUUGUCUACCUGGAGACAGGCAUGGGGAAGACUCUGAUCGCCGUCAUGCUCAUGCAGGCUCGUCGCCAGAUGCGGGAGAGGAGUGGCAAGAUCUGUAUCUUCCUGGUUCCAGCGGUUGCUCUGGUGAUUCAGCAAGCGGCAGUGGUAGAGCAGCAGACGGACAUGCGGGUGGGUAGAUACAGCACGGACACAGACAUCAAGUAUGAAGCCACCUGGGUGCAGCGACAGGCCUCUCAGCACGAGGUGCUGGUGAUGACGCCUCAAGUGCUGGUCAAUCUCCUGCAACACGCCUUCCUGUCCUUGUCUUCAGUGGACCUCUUGAUCUUCGACGAGUGCCACCACACCACCAAAGACCAUCCCUACGCCACUAUAAUGAAGGCCUGGUACUCUUCCCUAAAGCGGGAGGAGCGGCCUCUGAUAUUCGGCAUGACAGCAUCGCCCAUCAACACCAAGGGCAGUGGGUCGGAGGAUGCUUGCGUGCGCCAGCUGCAGGAGUUUGAGAAGGCACUUGAUUCCAAGCUCUACACGGUACUUGACAGGUCGUGCCUGGUGGAGGUGCUACCCAGUGCCCAGACCAUCCUGUCUCACUACGAGCCCCCCGAUGGGGAGCAGAUGGGGGUGUUGACGCGGCUGCGAGAGACGGUGGAGGAGGAGAGGGAGGGAAUGGUGAAGUGGAUAGAGGAGGAGGGGAGGAGGGUGGUGGAUGAGAGUGGGGGGACGGUGGAGGAGAAAAGGGAGGAGGGGCAAGAGCAGGAGGGGGACAGGCUAAGGGAUGUGCAGCGCUGGACGUCAGCAUACGGGGAGGUGCGGCGGCGGAUGGUGAAGCGAGUGAAGUACUUUGCAGGGGCCAUCGACUGGUGUCUCACUGAUCUUGGCCGCUACCCUGCAUUCCUGGCUCUGCAGUCACUGCGCUCCCAGGCAGCCUGUGGGGCGAUGGACCAGCACGAGGAGAACGCCCGCCUGCGAGAUGCGUUCGCAGCUGUCAGAUUGGAGUUCAUCAACCGCUGCGAGGCGUUUCUGAGAUGCACCCUGCCUCCAGAGGCCAAGGCGUCAGGCCCAAUCGGACUAGAAUCCGCCAAGUCCCUUGCCUCAGAUUCAUCUGCCCUCCUCACUCCCAAGCUCGCCCACCUCCUCUCCCUCCUCCGCCUCUACACCUCCCAAUCCUCCCCCACCAUAGUCAUUUUCGUCGAGCGCAUCGUAACCGCACAUGUUCUGUCUCGUCUCCUCCACCUGCUGCCCUCCGUUGCUGCUUCUCUGAGGGCGGAUUUUGUGGUCGGCGCCGGGGCGUCGAAGAACGGGAUCUUGGCCAAUCAGGGGGGGACAGCUAAGCACUCUCGGCCCGAUUCGGCCAUUUCGCGUUUUCGCGCAGGGAAGGUCAACGUACUGGUCGCCACAAGCGCAGCAGAGGAGGGCAUGGACAUACCAGCGUGCCAUACGGUGAUUCGAUUCGACCGCAUUCUCAAUGUGCGGUCGAUGCUGCAAUCAAGAGGCCGAGCAAGGAAACCAGGGGCACAUUUCCGUGUGCUCGUGCAACGUGGGGAUGGCAAGUACGAGGAGGAUCUAGCCAAGUUCAUGCGCAAUGAGGGCACCAUGCAGGCCACGGUGCAGCAGCGCAACUCCAACAGCCACAGCCAAGGGGUGCACAGUCUUGCUGACGGAUUGGGGGGAGUGGAGGAGGAAGAGGGUGGGGCUGAUGGGAGGAUCGGGAGGGGAGAGGGUGAAAGGGAAGCUGCAAGGGGGGAAAACAAGGUGGAGAGUCGGUGGGAGGUGAGGGGCGGCACCCGGGUGCUGCUGGUGCCACGGACAGGGGCAAUGGUGACGAGGCAGGGCAGCGUGGCUCUGGUGUAUCAGUUCUGCAACAUCCUUGGAACCAACGAUGGGAGUGGCGUCCUGCAGCCUUUCUUUUCUAUCUCCAUCACUCCCCCCGUUUUAAGCACCACCAAUACUGCUGCAGCUGCUGCUACUGCUACCUCCACCAGCAGCCCAGCAGGGCUGCUCUUUACAGUCACACUCCGGCUGCCAGCCACUGCUGGCGUCCCCGCCAUCCACGGCCCGCCAUGCUGGUCGAAAAUCGCCGCCCGGCGCGCCGUGUGCCUGCAGGCGGUGCGGAUUCUGCUGGAUUCUGGGCGGCUGAGCGAGCGGCUGCUGCCGAUUCGGUGGGGGAAGAAGCGGCGGAGCAAGUUUGCUGCGACAGUGGCACCUGAGAGAGCUCGUCGGGUGGCCCUUCACGUCCAUCAGCGAAUACCCUCUGCCCUUCGCCAUCCAAACACGGGUGCAGUGGAAGGGGGGGAAGGGGAAGAGGAAGGAGAGGGCGAGGAGGAGGCAGGGCGAGCUUACUUCGUGUAUCGUGUGGAAAUCGGCAUGGGCAGGAGGGCAGCAGGAGAUAGAAGAGAGCGAAAGAGUGGUGCGAGAGGGGGUGAUACAAAAGAAGCAGCAUGUUCUGGGGGGGAUCAUACGGACUGCAACGAGUGUGAGUGUAAGGAGCGUGACGGGACUCGAGGGGGAUCGGAGAAGCCUCUUCUAGACCUUGCCUCGGCACGAGAGACCUUUCAGUUCCUCCUCUUGUGCACGGGGAGUCUUGGUGCCGACUGUGGAGCGGCAUUGUUUGGUCUCUUCCCCAAGGGUCUAGGACAUGCUACAGUGCAGCUGGCUCCCAUGGGGCGCGUGCUGCUGACUGCCAGUCAGGCGCGCCUCCUCAUGUCCUUCCACUCGCAUCUCUUUGCCACUCUCCUGCGCCGCUGCCGACGCUGCUGCCAAGCCACGCCCAAUCCUAAUGCCCUAGCAGGCUCCUCUCCUAGCAGUGCUGCUGCCCCUAGCAGGGCUGCCCCUAGGAGUGCUGCCCCCCCUGGCAAUGCUGGCCAGUACCAGCCAUCCUCGUUUUGGAAUGGCCCGCUGCACUAUAUAGUUGCUCCUGCUGCCCAGCCUAAUGCGAUGCACAGCCACUGUCAUAGCGCUGCUGCUGCUGCCGGGGUUGCUGCAGCGGCUGCCACUGCUGCUGCUGCUGCUGCUGCUGCUGCUGCAACAGGGAAGGAUGGCUUGCAGCUUAGGGAGGGUUCCAGGGAGGCCAACUGUGCUGGCAUGGAGGGUGAGAGGAAUAGGGAGGGUAGAAGGAGGAGGAAGCGGUGGGUUGAGGAGGCUUCUAGGAGCGAUCACGAGAACGAGGCAGGAGGAGCAGGAGCUGAGGAGAGUAGGAAGAGGAGAGUGCUGAUGGGGGGGAUUGACGUGGAGGGGAGGGGGGUCAGGACAGGUAUGGAUGUGCCUUGUGGGGAGGAGGAGGAGGGAGGGAUGAGGGGGGUCUCGUGUGCGGAAAUAGACUGGGCCGUGGUGCUGUCUGUUGCCAGUGCCUCGUUUUGGCUGGCUCGUGAAACUGAGGAGUGUGAGAGGAGGGUGGGAGAGGAGAUGAGAGGAGAGGAGGUGACGGAGGGAAGUGUGAGGGCGGAGGGAAGGCAGCAGCAACAGCAAGGUGGGAAUCAACAGCAAAGGGAUAGGCAAGAAGAAGGAGGAGGGGAGCAAGGGAAGGAAGCCAAGCGAGGGGGGCAGGGACAGCAAGGGGAUGAUGAAGGGGAGCAGCGGCGGCACGGGUCAUGCUCCCAGCAGCAAGGGUUGAGGGUGUUGGGGAGGCACCUGCAGCGGCUGCGACCAGAAGAGCAAAUGGCAGCAGUGGAGCGCAUGAGAGGCUGUGUGGUGGUCGCCAGGCACACUGGGUGGAUGUACCGGGGGGGCAGGGAUGCACAGGAGGAGGAAGGUGGAGAGGGAGUGUUGACGGCUCUGAGUCCCUUCCCUAGUGAAGACUAUGCCACGUUUGAGGAGUACUUUCGAGAGAGGCACGGUGUGCAAUUGGUUUGUCCCCACCUUCCUCUGCUGCUCAUGCGCUCGCUUCCCUCUGCCAAGGCGUGUCUCAAGCCAUCGUCCCAAAAUGACAUGCCCAAGGGCACCAAAACGAGCCCUUCUUCCGCCUCCUCCUCUCGCCCCUUCUCUUUCCUCCUCCCCCCCGAGCUGCUGCAUCCAGUCAUGUCCUUCCCUCUCUACCAGGCCGCCUCUCUGCUACCCUCCCUGCUGCACCGCCUGCAUGGGCUGCUGCUGGCCGGGGAGCUGAGGGACAGAAUGGGGCGUGAAGCACAAAUGGGGGAGCUUCUCUCCAACCUUCCUGUGGCUAGGCUGCUGCACGCCAUAACAGCCAACUCGACUGGGGAGGGCUUCUCCUACGAGCGGGACGAGCUGCUGGGGGAUUGCUUCCUCAAGGCGGCGGUCAGCUCCCAUCUUUUUCAGGAGCUGCCCGGCGCACACGAGGGCGUGCUGACUCAGCGGCGCACGGACGCCAUCAGCAAUGAGGCUCUGCUCUCUACUGCGCGAGAUAUGAAGCUGCAUGAGUACUUGCGUGCAGGGAUAUUCACAGCGGGGAAGUGGCACGUGCCGGGCGUUGCCCCCCGCGACUACCCCUGUGGGCACGUGCAGCUGAAGCAGCAGAUGAACGAGCGGCAAGUGAAGCAGCAGAAGGGCGCACAAGGGAUCCAGCAGCAGAAGGGCGAGUCAAGGGAAGGCGAGAGGGUGAGGGUUGAGAGGGAAAGCGGAGCAGGCGAGACGGAGGAGGUGGGAGAAGAGCUGGGAAGUGAUUCUGAGGAAGAGGAGGAGGAGGAGGUAGAGGAGGAGGAGGGAGAGGAGGAAGAGGGAAAGGAGGAGGAGGGAGAGGAGGCAGAGGAGGGAGAAGAUGGAGGGUGUUAUAAGAACGACGAGGAUACAGAGGAGGGGAGUGAGGACGAGGAAGUGGAGUUAGAGGGAGGGGAGGAGGAAGAGGAAGCAGAGGAGGAUGAGGAGGAAGAAGAGGGGGAAGGAGAAGAGGAAGAGGGAGGAGAAGAGGAAGAGGGAGGAGAAGGGGUGCAGGAAUGUGAGGGGGGCGAGUUUGUUGACAUUAACGAAGCGAAUCUCGAGGAUGGGGGCGGAAUGGUAGAGGAAGCGAUCGAGGGGGGCAAAAGGGGUAGCGUCGGGAGUUUCAACCGCAACCAGGAGAAAGAAAGCGCGGAGGUCUGUAUCGUCGGAACAGAAGGCUCGGAUUGCGGCCGAAGCAGCAGCGAUUUUGGCAGAAGAAGAAGAGGAAGAAGCAGCAACCGCAGGAGUGCUGGCAAGCAGCACCAGACUGAUGGCAGCGGCUCUGCUCCCUGUUUUCCCCCUCCCCCUCGAUCUCCCCCUCCUGUGCGCGUGUCUGGGAAGGCGCUGGCGGAUCUGGUGGAGGCGCUAGUGGGCUGUGUGUGGGACACGUGUGGCCCUGCUGCUGCUACACGUGUCAUGGCGUGGUUGGGCCUCCCUGUGGGGCUGUCUGGCUUUGAGGGGGCAGACGUGGGUGGAGAGAAGGAUGAGGUGAUGGUCGAGGGGAGUGGGGGGGAGGAAGGAGAGGAGGGAGGAGAGGAGGGAGGCGAGAGGAGAGGCGAGAAGACAGGGGAGAAGGGGUUAUCAGGAGUGAGGGAGAUAGAAGCAGCGUUGGGCUAUGAGUUCAAGGACAAGAGGCUCGUGCUGGAGGCAUUGACUCACCCCAGCUACGUCAACUGGGCCUCUGAUGACGUCGUUGCAUGUUACCAGAGGCUGGAAUUCUUGGGCGAUGCAUUCAUUGACUACUAUGUGACACGUCAGCUGCACCUGCAGCACCCGCACCAGACGCCACGUCAGCUCACCUUCCGCCGCGCCGCGCUCGUCAACAACGAGAACCUCUCCCGCAUCGCCACGUCAGCAGUCUCAGCCGCCACGUCAGCUUCUUGUGCGGUCACGUCAGCAGGGGCCUCGGGAUUGGCCCUGCACCGCCACAUCAGACACUUCUCGGUCCACCUAGGCGGGGAGAUUGCAGCUUUUGUGCGGGACAGGGAGGAGAGGAGGGAGCGAGAGCGGAGGGAGAGGGAGAGGAGGAAGUGGGAGAGGGAGGUGCGGGAUGGGGAGGAGCGGAGGGGGAAGGGAGCAGAGGAAGCAGAGGCAGCAGAGGCAGUAGAUAUGGAGGGUACACUACCAAAGAGUGGGGGGGUUUGGGGAGGUAGCAAAGAAGGUACUGUGGAAACUAGCAGGAGUGGAGUGACAAGCGUAGAGGGGCGUGUGGGUGUGGAUGUUCCUGCAAGCGUAGUGGGUGGAGCUACAAGCGUGGAGGUGGCUCACAAGGGGUUUGCUGAGACUGUAGUGGUAGAGGCGGAGAUGGGGGAGGGGCGAAGGAAGGGGAGACAGGAAAAGGAGGGGAAGGAGAAGGAGCAAGAGGAGGGGGAGGAGGGGGGGAAGGAGAAGUUGGAUGGUUACUUUGGGGAGGGCGGAGUGCAAGCUCCUAAGGCAAUAGGGGAUGUCCUGGAGUCCCUGGUGGGGGCUACACUGGUGGACUGUGGGUUUGAUGCAGAGAAAGUGUGGGCGCUCUUCUCCCGAUUCUUCCCCACACGUGUAACCGCUGCCUCUGUGGUUACCCGCCCGCCCACCUCACUGUUUUUUGAGCUGACCGGGAAACUCGGGCAGGAGGGGAAGCUGGUGGACGAGAAAUGCCGGAAGCCAGGGGCAGGAGAAAAGAAGGAGAGAAGCCUGAGAGAGGGAGGGAAGGGGAGGGAGGAGGGCGAGGGAGUGGCAGGGGAAGAAGGUGAGGAGGGGCCGGAGGGGGGAGCGGAGGGGACAGGUGAGGAGGAAUGGGAUGAGGAGGAGGGGUGGAGGAGGGAGAGGGAAAGCGAGUGGUGGCAAUGUAAGGCUAUGGUGGGAGAGAGGGAGGUGGCAGUAGCUGUGAGACCGCACAAGAGCAUGGCGAGGAAAGCUGCUGCUGAAUUGGCACUAGAAGAGAUCAAGAGACUCAUGGCGAACGGCUCGCUGACUCCUCAGAAGACUAGGCAGCGGAGGAAACCGAAACCCAAGAAGACGGAAAAGACUGUGAAAUCAACAUGGAAAGCCCGGGAGGGAGGGGGGCAUAAAGGGAAGGGCCAGGGGGGCGAGGAGCAGAAAGCUACGGGUGAGGAGAGAGCGGAGGAGGAGCAAGGGAGAGGUGUGGAGAGAGCGGAGGAGGAGCAAGGGAGAGGUGUGGAGAGAGCAGAGGAGGAGCAAGGGAGAGGUGUGGAGAGGGAAAAGGGAGCAGCCGCAGUGGUUCAGACAAAGUCACAGCAGCCGCAAGCAGCAGCAGCACCCACGCCUGUGGCUGUGACAGCAGCAGCAGCAGCACCCACGCCUGUGGCUGUGACAGCAGCAGCAGCAGCACCCACGCCUGUGGCUGCGACAGCAGCAGCAGCAGCACCAACGCCUGUGGCUGUGACAGCAGCAGCAGCACCCACGCCUGUGGCUGUGACAGCAGCAGCAGCAGCACCAACGCCUGUGGCUGUGACAGCAGCAGCAGUAGCACCAACGCCUGUGGCUGUGAUAGCAGCAGCAGCACCACCAACGCCUGUGGCUGUGACAGCAGCAGCAGCACCACCAACGCCUGUGGCUGUGACAGCAGCAGCAGUAGCACCAAUGCCUGUGGCUGUGACAGCAGCAGCAGUAGCACCAACGCCUGUGGCUGUGACAGCAGCAGCAGUAGCACCAACGCCUGUGGCUGUGACAGCAGCAGCAGUAGCACCAACGCCUGUGGCUGUGACAGCAGCAGCAGUAGCAGUAGCAGUACCUGUGGGUGUGACAGCAGCAGCAGGAGCAGCAGCAGCAGCACCUGUGGUUGUGACAGCAGCAGCAGCAUCGGUACAGACGGCAUUACAGCAGCUGCAAGCAGGGGCACGUUUACUCACAGCAGCACAGGUGCAAGCAGCACCAGCACAAGCACCAGCACCGGUACAGACCGCACCAGCACCAGCACCAGCACCAGCACCAGUGGUACAGACGGCAUCACAGCAGCUAGUAGCAGCACGUUUACACACAACAGCGCAGCUGCGGGCAUCAGCAUCACCGGCACAGGUAGGAUCAGCACAGCAGUUGCCACAAGCAGCACCUCGUUUCAGCACAGCACCACAGCUGCGGACAGCACCAACGCCGGCAUCAGCGCCGGCAUCAGCACCACCACCAGCACCGGCACCAGCACCGGCACCAGCGGUGCAGCCAGGACCGCAGCGGCAACAAGCAGCACCUCGUGCACACACAGCAGCUCAGCUGCGGGCAUCAGCAGCACCAGCACUAGUGCAAGCAGCAGCUCUUGCGCACACAGCAGCGCAGCUGCGGCCGGCACCAGCGCCGGCACCAGCAACGGCACCAGCACUAGUGCAAGCAGCUCCUCAUGCGCACACAGCAGCGCAGCUGCGGGCAGCAACAUGGCAAGCACAACCACCUCCGCCACAGUUGGAAGCAGAACCGCUACAACAGCAGCAGCCGAAGCAGCAGCCGCAGCAGCAGCCGCAGCAACAGCCGCAGCAACAGCAAGACGAUGCUGAAAACUGUCCCUCCAAGCCUCACAGCAGCCGUGUUGACUUGGACCCAAAAACUCCCCCUCUCACCAAUCCAACAUCUUUCCAGCUCUCCGCCAAUCAACCUAGAUCAAACGCCCCUCCGAACCACCUUAACAAAACUGCUGCUUCCGCAGUUGCUGGAGGUUUGGUGAGCCCAGGCUCGGAAUCUCCGGAGCUGAAGGCAGCAGGCUCGGUGCAGCCAGGCUCGGCAUGUGGAGGUGUGGCUCGCAACGCUCAGGUUCGGGAGAAGAGGGUGAGGCUGAGUGAGAGAGUGGAAGAUUUGUGGGGGGAUCAAAGCAUAACAGGGGGGGCGUGGAGUAGCAGCAUAAAGGGGGGAGAGUGGGCUAACUACAGAGGGGGUGGGGAUGGGAGUUGGAGCAGAGAUGGUAGUGUAGUGUGGCUGAGGGGAGGGCGGGUUGUGCGAAUGGGAGAAGAGUUAGUGGUAGCAGCAUUAGCAACAACAGCAGUUCCAGCAACAACAGUGCCAGCAACUGUACCAGCAGUACCAGCAGCCACAGCAUCAGCAACAUCAGCAGCAGCAACAGGAGCACUAGCAGCCGCAGCACUAGAACGAGCAGUAGUGACACAGCAAGCAGCACCAUCAGCAGCAUCAACACCAGCACCAGCACCAGCACCAGCACCACCAGCAGCACCAGCAUCAGCAGCAUCACGAGUAUCAACCCUUUCCAUUCAGCAUGCCAGCACUCGAACAGCACCAGCAGCAGCAGCAGCAGCAACAGCAGCACCAGCACCAGCACCAGCAGCACCAGCAGCAGCAGCGUCACAAGUAUCAACCCUUCCCAUUCAGCGGGCCGCAACAAAAGCAGUCCUUAGGAAGCUCGUCACAGCAAACGGUGUCAGUAUCUACACUUGGACGAGGAUCUUUGCUUCGGAUGUCCACUCUAAGGGCGUCCCGCUACAAGCACUAAACGAGUUGGCAGUUGCCAUGUGCUCGCAAGUUACAUGGACGGACAACUAUAAUCAUGGGAGCACCUUACAGCACAGCUCGAUUCUUCGCGUUCGUAUUGAUGGGCAGAUCGUAAAGUUCAUUGGGUCUGGCGCUGCCAAGAAGACUGCUAAGAUUGCUGCUGCCCGGGAAUUCCUUUCAGCUAUCCGUGUGUUUGUUGAGGUUAUAUAAAUAUAAGAGUGCUUCUCAAAUGUUCCUUAGGGCGUGUCCUACUAAGCGUCUGAAUGUGGUUGAGUAAGGUGAAUUGCGUUUCGGAAGGAUCACCUUUCUCCGUAAAACGGUUCGGUAUGGUAUUGGCCAAAAACAAAUGCUUAGGACAUGCCCUUUUUCUACGUACAGAAAGGCUAUGUGGAACCGCAACAGCGCAUGUGAAUGUCAACUUAUACAUACC